AUGUGUGCCGAGAAAACCUCAGAAUUUGAAAACACAAAAUAUCUUCUUGAUUAUCUCAAGGAAUUAUUAACGGAUAGGACAAACCUAUUAACAUCUCCUGGUUUGUACAUUCAUGUUGGAAAGAUUUUGGAAAAAGAAAUACUGAAUGUUCGAAGUGAAUUAUUUUCAACGUUCGGUAUUUGCCCAAUAACAGAGAAAGAAUUGCCAGUCCCUGAUGGUCCUAAAGUUAGCCUUCAGGCUAAAAUAUAUAUGCCAACAGGUACUCCUAAUAAUUACAACUUUGUUGGGAGAAUCCUUGGCCCUGAAGGAUCAACUGCCAAAUGUUUACAACAGUUUCUAGGCGUUAAGAUUAUGAUUCGUGGCCGAGGUUCUAUGCGUGAUCAAAUGAAAGAAGAAGCAUAUAUUGGUCGACCUAAUUGGGAGCAUUUAAAUGAUAAUUUACACGUUUUAAUUACUGUUGAAGAUUAUGAAAAUCGUGCAAAGGCUAGAAUUGAGAAAGCUAGUGAAUAUAUUAGUCUAUUUCUGGAAGAAAGUAUUAAGGUGCCUGAUAGAGAGGAUAAGGUUAAACUGAUGCAAUCAAUGGAAUUAUCUAUUAUACGUAAAGACACUCGUCCUCUUAUUUGGCCUACGGUUUGUAAUGAGAAGUCAGAUAUUAAUCUUUCAUCCAAAAUGAAGCCCGUUUAUGCGAUUAGUAACUAUGGGCCGGUGAAUAUGGUCAGUAAUAGUAAUGAGAAAAGCAGUAAUCGAUGCUCAUCAGCAUUGUAUUAUCAUACUCCAGCAUCACAGAAUGGUCAGUCAUUUGUACCGCAUCAUUGUAAUCGAGACCGACAGCAACCUCCAGUUGUUGUGGUCCCGACCAGUCGGUUAGCGCCUAGUAUGAAUGGAGGAUUUCCAAUGUAUCGGAAUCCUCAACAACCGAAUCAUCCUAUUGCAUUUGCCUCAACUUGUGGUGGCACAACAUCAGAUCUUACUGGUGCAAUGUAUUUGCAUAAUAGUUAUAUCGAUGAUGGUAAUGAUGGAGGCGUUAGUCAGUGUGGUUUCAGUAGUUAUUUUGGAACAACUUGUCAACAGAACCAUGGUCAACCGGUGUCAUCAACACUUGGUCUAUCAUUUGGACCAUUAACAGUAAACUAUUGGCCUGUAACUUAUUCAGAUUUGUCAUCUCAACACUAUUCUAUUCAACAACCACAAUAUGAUUAUACUGUAACAGCAGCGGCCGCUGCAGCAGCUACUACUGCUGUUCCAAUCACUGCCAACAGUCAACAACAGUAUCAGAUGCAUGAAUAUCAACUAUGUGACAAUAUGAUAUCAUCUCACAUUAUUAUGAAUGAUGUACCACCACUGAUGAUUUAUGCACAGCAACAGUGUGAGGAUCAGAUAAAUUUUCAUAAAGAAGUGUCAACUACAAGAAACAAUCUGUUGAGUACAUACUCCAUAUGUUCUGAAGAUAAACAAACUUUUGCAUUAAACAAAAAUUCUACUGUUGUUGUUAAAUCUAAUGGUAAGGUGAACAAUGAUAACACUACUACUGCCAUUAAUAAAACAAAUCAUAAUAAUAGUAAUAUAUGUACAGAGGAAUAUGACCGAAAGUUACACAAAUAUCCUGUAAAAUCGUCAAUGAAAGAACAAGUCAACAGUUGUCAAUUAGAUGAAAAUGAUCAUAGUAGUAAUAAAUACUCAAAUUUUUCAGAUUCAUUUAGACAACCUACAGUCAAUUUAUCAAAAAGACGUUAUUCUCAUAAACAUAAUAAUCUCAGCCAAAAACAAAUUACUCAAUCAUCAAACACAAAUGGAGAUGUUACUAACAAUGUCAUCACUACUGACAUUCAUGAGAAUAUGUCUCGAAGUAAUCCUCUGGCUGUUGUUAUUAAUUUGAACAACAAUGAUAAAAUUGCUAAGGAAUAUAACACAUAUGGUAUGCCUAAUUCUCAUUAUGUGAACGUUGAUGAAUCUGAAAAGAAAGCAGUUAAAUCUGAGGAUAAUGUUGACAAUAUUGUUCCUUCUCUUACUGCUCUUUCUUCAUCUCAUAGUGGGAUUGUUGCAGUUACUUUCAGUAGGAGUUGUAGUAACAUUAGUAAUGAUAGUAGUAGUAAUGGUAGUAAUAGAAUGGUAGUAGCUGACCAGAACAAAAAUCAUACUUCUCAAGAUAUACAAUUCAACACUCAAAAAUUAUCUCAUCCAAAUAUCAAUUCAGUUGGAUUAAUUGUGGAUGAAAUAGAAUGGCCAAGACUCGGAGCAGGUGUCAACUCUGAAAGUUCCAGAACAACAUCGCCUAAAAUAUCAGAUAAGUCUAAAUACUCUUCAUUAUCAAAUGUUGAUCGACAGUUGAAGAAAUUAUCUCUUGAUGGAAAUUGUUAUCCAGUUAACGAGAAAGGUAUUCAAUCAUCUACUUCAUCUGAUAAUGGAAAGGAUCCUGUUCAUAACUUGUCAGCGAGUGAGAUAAAUGACUGUAAAUGA